CAUUCGCAUUGAUCCUAGAAGGUGCGAAGUACGCUGGCGGUACGCGAUGGACGCGAUGGGCGCUUCCAAUUCGGUUGAUUUAGAUCCGGCGAACCAGUUUGUCUCGUGGAAGAGCAUUGUGAAGGUGGCAUACUUUGACGGUUUCGCUCGAUAUGGUUUCACUGUGUUGUCGUACUAAAAGAAUGACUGGAAGCUGGAAAAUAUUGCCAUUACUUACCGUGCUACAAUUUUUCGCACCUAACGAUGGGUAUCGGAUUUUGGGUCUAUUUCCCCAUCCAGGCCUAAGCCAUUUCAAAGUGUUUCAUCCAAUAAUGAGAGGUUUGGCGAACAACGGGCAUCAUGUAACGGUUGUCAGCUAUUUUCCGGACCCUAAUCCCGUUUCAAAUUACCACGAUCUUCGAUUCGAAGGACAGGAGAUUUUAACCGAUGCAUUCAGCUUAGAGGCAUUCACGGGCAGAAACUUCUUCGAUAAUUUUAAGGAAUUCUAUGAAUUAGUUGCCUGGGGUAUGAGUAGUUGCGAGGCGGCUCUCAAUUCCUCGGCAAUUGAUGAAAUACUCGAAUCUCAUCGUAAAGAUCCAUUUGAUUUGGUUGUGAUGGAAUUUUUUGCCACCGAUUGUAUGGCGGGAAUAAAUUGGCUGUUGCAAGUUCCUCUCGUAGGUUUGAGCAGCUGUGCGCUAAUGCCUUGGCAUUACGAUCGUGUUGGAUUGCCUGAUACUCCCUCGUACAUUCCGUCGGAGUUUAGCAUGUUUUCGGAAGAAAUGUCUUUCUUAGAAAGGGUGGAAAAUUGGCUAGUUACCAGAUUGGUAAAGCACUUGUAUCGUAUUGUACAAAUAAAUGACAAUAUGUUAUUGAAAGCAAAAUUCCCCAACUCAGCAAUACCUGACGUGCGUGAGAUCGUGAGCAACACCUCGUUAAUACUGGUCAAUCAACAUUACACUCUCAGUGGUGCUCGGCCAUUGAUACCGUCGGUGAUUGAAAUUGGCGGAGUGCACAUUCAAAGCACCAAACCGUUGCCAACAGAACUGCAGCAGAUUAUGAACGAUGCACCAAAUGGAGUGAUUGUAGUGUCAUUUGGAUCCGUUCUUAAAGCUGCGACACUUCCGGCAAAGAAACGAACUGCAAUGAUUAAGGCAUUUCAACAUUUCAAUCAGCGAGUUGUGUGGAAAUGGGAAGAACCAAUGGAAAAUCAGCCAGCGCAUGUGUUUACACAAAAGUGGCUUCCUCAAAAGGACGUGCUGUGCCAUAAAAAUGUACGGCUUUUCGUAUCCCACGGAGGACUGCUGGGUGUUUCUGAAGCUGUCCACUGUGGUGUGCCAGUUGUGAUCAUGCCAAUUUAUGGAGAUCAAUUUCUUAAUGCUGCCGCGUUAGUCAACCGAGGCGUUGGUGUACGUAUGGCUUACGAACACGUGCACAAUGUAACCUACAUAGUCGACUGUAUUCGGAAAGGUUUAAAUGACAAAAAAAAGCUAAACGCUCAAGCGUUAGCAAAGGCUUUUAAUAAUCGUGCACAACAACCGUUGGAUUUGGCUCGCAGGUCGAUCAUCAAUGUUAUCCAAAACGGUGCCAUGGCAUACGAACGUUCGUAUGGAGCAAAAUUACCCUGGCACAUCUACUACUCCUUGGAUGUUAUUAUAAUGCUCAUGAUCGUUGGUGUUGUAAUAUUGUUCCCUGUUUCAUAUUGCUGUUGCAAGGUGUGUUGCGGAAAACAUGUAAAAUCAAAAGAUAGUCACCGUCAGAGAAAAGUCAAUAAACAAAAAAGAUCAUGAAAAUGAUCGAUCCUA